AUGACCGCAUCGUCUGAUCCCCUCGCCAAGCUGUCUGACCUGCCCAAUGCUGACGGCUCCGCUACCUUCUCAUACUGCGGAUAUGCCGUCACUGCCGCCGUAAACGGCCCCAUCGAGGCUCCUCGCCGCGACGAAAACCCGUUUGAGGCCUUGAUAGAUGUGGUUGUGAGACCGGCCGCGGGAGUUGGAGGCACUGCUGAGAGACAGGUCGAGUCGAUCCUGCAAGCCGCCCUUCGACAGCUUAUCCCAGUUCGAAACUUCCCUAGGUGCAUGAUCCAGAUCACGCUUCAGGUUAUGGAAACACCAGAAAAUGCCUAUCAAAACACGAAGCUCCUUCCAGCCCAAUUGAAUCUUGCCGUGAUCCCCGCCUUGUUUCAUGCCGCCAUCCUCGGGCUGUUGAUUGCUGCCGUCCCUCUCAAGACUAUUGCAACCGCAACAACACUCGCGAUUCCUGCCGACUCUGGCGGUCUCAUUGUUGACCCGAGCACUGAGCAGUCGGCCACGGCCAAGUCUCUCCACGCAUUGGCAUUUACCUCACACGACGAGCUUUUACUUGUCGAGAGCUCUGGAUCAUUCUCCUUUGAGGAUUGGGACCGGGUCCUGGAAACGGGACAGCGUAUCUGCUGCCACAAUCAGGCAUCAGAUCUUGACGCAGCCAUGUCAGGAGAUGGACCGGAGUCACAAAGCAUAAAGGCAUUCAUCCGAUCUGUCUUGGAAACCAAGGCCGCGGCAGAUCUCCACUGGAAAUGA